UCACUUUCAUGUACAGCUCACUUUCUUGGCCUCCUUCCUUUCCAGCUCGGUUUGCUAACUCAUGGUCUCCUCCUCCUACUCAUCAUCAUCGUCUUCUUGCCCAACUCCAUAUCUCUGCAUGGCUCCAUCCAUGCCUCUCUUCCAUGGCGCCUAUGUAUAGCUAGCCCUCUUUAGUCAUCGUACAUACACACCUUGCAAGUAGCAGCAAGUACACGAUGCAGGACCUGUUCUCUGUGCCGUCCUGCUUCUCCUCCGGCGAGAAGUUGCCGGACAUCCCGAGCUCCGGCACGGCGGCGACAAGGUCGGGGCAGAGCGCGGUGACGCUGGUCUACCGCGCGGAGAUCUCCGGCCACAGCCGGCUGGUCACCGUGACGUGGUGCAGGAACCUGCUCACGCACGGCCUCUCGGUGUCGAUCGAAGGGUCAGCGGGCAACGGCAAGGACAAGAUCGGCAGGGAGUACGGCGAGGCGGCGGACGGCGCCGGCGCCGGCGGCAAGAGCUGCAGCGCCUGCAAGGUGGAGAUGCAGCCGUGGCACUUCUGGCGCAAGUACGGCGCGAAGCAGUUCCAGGUGGACGGCAACGCCAUCGACGUGGUCUGGGACCUCAGGAGCGCCAGGUUCUCCGAUGAGCCGGAGCCGCUGUCCGACUACUACGUCGCGGUGGUCUCCGGCGAGGAGGUGGUCCUCCUCCUCGGCAACCUCAAGAAGGACGCGUUCCGGCGCACGGGCUCCCGGCCGUCGCUGCAGGACGCCGUGCUGGUGUGCAAGAAGGAGCACGUCUUCAGCAAGAAGAGGUUCCUCACCAAGGCCAGGUUCCACGACAAGGGCAAGCCGCACGACAUCAGCAUAGAGUGCAGCAGCAGCAACCUCACCGGCGGCAUGGACGUCGACAUGGUGAUCAAGAUCGACGGCUGCGUGAGCGUUCUCGUCAGGCACCUCCAGUGGAAGUUCAGGGGCAACGAGUGCAUCUCCAUCAACAAGCUCAAGGUGCAGGUGUACUGGGACGCCCACGACUGGCUCUUCGGCACAGGGAUGAGGCAUGCCCUGUUCAUCUUCAAGCCCGAGCCGCCGUCACCGGAGACGAGCUCUGAAUUCAACGCCGAUGGAUAUUCAGAUUUCUGCCUGUUUCUGUACGCAUGGAAGGUUGAAUGAGCCUGCAUUUGUUACUGCAAUACGGCAGAGUUCUUGCCAUGCUAUGAACUGAUAAAUUCAGAUCAUGUAAUGGAUUGGAAGAAAGAAGAAAGAAAAGGAAGAAAUUAAUGAGGCCAUUUUGUGUUUCCUCUCCCAUGGGAGGGUGUUGGGCACAUGGAAGAUUGCAUUGGAGGGGCACAGGAUAGUCCUGGGAGUAGGAACAGGCUGGUCCUGAUAGAGAAAACAUGGGGGGUGGUGACAGGUAGGAUUCACAAUGGCACUGCCUUUCCCAAUCAUGCAUUCAUGCUUAUUUAUCCAGAGAAACUCCAGCUAAGGGCUGGUGGCUGGUCCCUCCUA